CAAACAUUUGCAAUAAGAAAACCUUUUCUAUUCUCCAUUGUUUUUAAAAACUUCAUGGGACUCCACCAUCAUGAUCAGUUUCACACCCAAAGACGUGAACUCCACGCAACACAAGCCAAUCCUCUAACCUUAUACACACCAAAACAAAACAAGAAGCCAAAGAGGAUCACAACAACAACAUCAUCACCAAAAAAGCUUCAAGACAAUGAGAGUGAAAGCAACUUUGAUUAACUUCAAAUCAAAGCUUUCGAAAUCAUGCAACAGAUUUGUCUCUCUCUUCCGCUUCCGAGUUAAAAGACCUGUCUUUAUUAGACCUCUUCGUGCCCGUCAUGGCAAUGUCAAACCUAGACAUCAACAUCAUCAUUCCAAGAAGCCAAUCUGUUCUUGUCUCUGUUUCCUCAAUUCAAGCAAGAACCAUAAGAUGAGCAACGCCAAACAUAGAAGUUCCUCUUUUAGUGUGAACGAUGAUGAUUACUCCAAGUUUAUGCAAUCACCUCUUACGCCAGCAACAGCCAAGAAGCUCUUCACUUCACCCAUCACGACACCUUACUCUUCACGGACCAGGAAAUCGCUGAACGCAAGAGAUACAUUUGAAGACAAUGCUGUGGAAGAUGCUUGUAGAAGCUUUGAAAACUAUCUGAUUCAUCUGAUUGUUGAAGAAGGGAAAAUAGAUGACUUAAUGGACAUAGAGGAACUUCUCUUCUGUUGGAAGAAUCUUAAGAGUCCUGUCUUCAUUGAACUUGUCUCAAGAUUUUAUGGAGAACUCUGUAGAGACUUGUUUUCAGGUGAAUGAACAGAUCUAGUUAAAUUGAUCAAAACAAAAAUGUUUUAAAUCUGUAUCUGUCAGUACUUGUGGUUUGACAAUUAUUGAAUACAACAUCUAAGGUUUCUAAGUUUAAAGUUGGGAACAAUGUGUGAAGACUAUAAAAGAUUGUAUGUUUCGGUCAAUACCGGUCGGACCGGUUCAACCGGAUUUACUUACCAAACUCGUCUCUUGCAAUUUUAUUGUUGAAUAAAAAAAUUAUCAC